GCUUGAUGGCCUGGUCGCUGUUCCAGCAAGCUGCCGCUAGAACUCGACCCUGCCAGGCGAAUCGCCAGCCGAGGUGGACCCAUCCGUCUGCGCUUUGUUUUAUCCAGUGUCUUGCCGGCCUGCAAGCAACUUCGGACUCGAAAGCCACAACCCGAGCCAAGGCUGCUGCUCGCAACCCUCACCAGAUCGACCCAAACCGGAUUUGCAUCUUGGCCAUGUUGGCAUCUGCAAGAUUCAGGAGCGUCCAUUGGGCUUGCAGACGCACCAUUACUCUCGCUGUGUCGCAGCAGCAACAGCAACUUGGGCCGCCAGGUCGUCCUCAGUCGUUCGCAGCCUCCUCGCCGACGCCUCGUCCAAGCCAGAAUCGUGCCCUCUCGCAGCCCGCUUCCAGUGCAGCAAUCGAAUCGAUCGAUCUGCGCAGUGCCCGUGGUCCUCCCCCAGCGUACCAUGUCAUCCAACUUGGCGAUCGGCGUCCUGGAGCGCUCGGUCAAGAGCUCUUGGAGCCUGCAUUGCGCUUCUCCGAGGACGAUUGGGAGUCUAUCACUGAUCACGAAGCCCGCCAGUGGCUCGAGCUCGAUACUGUCUUGGCCAGCGACUUCCAGGACUGGAUCCAUCUCAGAGGGCCAGCCGCAGUCGCGCUGGAUCUGAUGGACAGUCUUUCAAGCAACCUGCGCAACCCAUUCCCGAUCUAUACUCGCUAUGCACGACUCUAUGGAGCAUCGGAAGACACGGCAAUGAUCCGAAGCCUCUUUGACAUGUUUCGGGCCGAGCUGCAAAGACUCGGACUCACCCAAGCGGAGCCCGCCGCACAACCCGACGGCACCAGCCAAGAUACCCAAGCCCACGACAUUGGCCUUUGCUUCGAGGCCUUCAUGUAUGCAUUCACGAAAACCAAAUCACCCGGCCAAAUGAAGCGCUGCUCCGAGUUGCUGCAGUCCACAGGCCUGUCCAUUCCGACGGGCUGUCUCAAGUGGCAAAUGGUUGCGUCACUGGAGCGCGGACGAUCCCACGAAGCUAAUUCAAUCUACAACCAGAUUGAAGAGCGUGCAUCGACCAGCCCGCGAGAAGCCAGCCAGGCUCGCUGGGAGGUUCUGAAACAUCACUGGGACUCUCAGACACUGCCUUCCAGCGACAUUACGCUUGCCCUGCUCUCCAAGGAAACCCCGGGCACCGUGGGGAUACCCGCAGAUGUUUUGGCAAUGUACCUGCACAACCUCACAAGAACCAACCACUCGAAAGCCCUCCUCAUCGCCGUCGACAUUCUCAAGUUCCUAAGGAGCAGAAAGGCGCACUUGACGCCGUUCUUUCUCAAGACACUGACGCGGAUCUUUCUGCAAAACGGCCAGAGAGCCUCGGCCCUGCAAAUUCUCCGAACUAUUGCAGCGACGCCGAGUGCCAGGCGCCGAGAGCCUCCUUCGACGCAGCUGGACCCAGGAUACUUGAUUCUGUGGGCAGCCACCUCGAUUCUGAGUAGCUCAGCCAAGGUGGCUGGCGAACUACUCGGUGUGCUCGAAGCAAAAAUAGCUGCCGGACCCUCAUCGCCCACCAACCAAGGCCUAAGAGGAGGCGCUCGACGACGGAAGCGGCCCAGGAGCCCGCCAAAUGAUGCGCACUCACAAGCAAUCACCGAGCUCAGCCUCUCGCAGCGCACCGAUAUGCUACGCCUCUACACAGCGAUGGGCGAUUUCGCCCGUGCAGAAGACAUUCUCUUCAGCACCCACGCCGCCAUGACCUCGCUCCGAAGCCAACUCAAGACACACGAAAGCCAGUCGACAGCAGUCACACCCACAGAACUCCCAAAGUCACACAAUGGGGCCAGUAGCCGGCUCUCGGCCGUAGUCUCUUGCCACAAUCUCGACGAUCUUCGGAUACAAAUCCACCGCCACGACGAAGCGCUACAGACGAUGCUGGAGCACAUGGUUGUCGAGUUGGGCCGCGACCGGCGCAUCGAGGAUAUCCAGGCGUUGCUUCGGUCAGCCAGCACAGAGCCGCUCGAGAUCAGGGUGCCAAAGUCAGUGCUCUCGAAGUUACUCCAGCUAUUCUGCAGCGAUCUGAGCCUCGACGCCGCACUGAGCAUUCUGCGACUGCUUCCCAGCGACAGUUGCAACGGUGAUAAAGAAUCGCUGAACCGGGUGAAGAUCCGAGACGUUCUCGAGAUCGAUUGCGCCCAUCUGAAGGGACAGCGAUGGACCCGACAAGACUACAUGAACAUCUACCAUGUCUAUCACGAACUCUCGCUCCAAAGUACUCGGUCGUCUGGAAAGCCGUCGCUCUACGACAAGCGACUGCAGACACGAUUCUACCACCCCCACCAGCCGCAUGCGAUUCUCAUGAGACAGCGGCUUCUGCCGCCGUCCCAGUUCCAGUCGCCCUAUCUAGCAUACCAAAAUAGGCUGCGGCCGUUUGAGCUCGACAGCGUCAAGAGAAUAUUCAAGCAGUUCCUGAGGGACACGAGCGAGCUUGCCCAGCAAGCCCCAAGUGUCGAGCUCUACGGCGGGGCACUUAGCCUGUAUGCAAGAUUCAUCGACUCCGAAACCAAGACCGAACACAGUCAACUGGCUCCUCAGUCUGGGCCGGAGCAUCAUCGGGACCCACACAUCCGCGACUUGCUAUGUCAGGCGUGCGAAUGGAUCUUCACUGAGAUGCAAGUGGAAGGGUUUGAGCCGGGACUGGAGGACAUCCAAGCCAUGAAAUGGAUGUACGAGCAGUUGGGAAUGGGUGGGAGGCGGGAGUUGAUGGAAAUCUGGCAUGAGAAAGCUCGGUAAUAAAUGCGACACCCUCCCAUCGCUGACGCCCCUCGGCGAUGAGAGGAUAAGGCUGGCCCAACACUUACUGCGACCAGAUGUACGCCACAUUCACUAAAUCGCUUUCAUCACAUCGCACUCUCCCCGACAGAGCCAACCCCGUCGAGUUGCGUGAGCCCCACGCGCGAGACUCACUCAUCCGCAUUGCCGCAGCCCGUCGCGGAAC